AUGUUAGGGAAAAACUACACAGCAGUGACGGAGUUUAUCCUGCUGGGCCUGACAGACCGUGUAGACCUGCAGCCUGUGCUCUUCGUGCUGUUUUUGAUCAUCUACCUCAUCACAGUCACUGGCAACCUGAGCAUGAUUUUCUUAAUCAGAAAUGACUCGAAGCUUCACACCCCCAUGUACUUCUUCCUUAGCCACCUCUCCUUUGUAGAUCUCUGUUACGCCACCAAUGUAACUCCUCAGAUGCUGGUUAAUUUCUUAUCGAAGAGAAAAACCAUUUCUUUUAUUGGUUGCUUUAUACAAUUCCAUUUUUUCAUUGCUCUGGUCAUCACUGACUACUAUAUGCUCACAGUGAUGGCUUAUGACCGCUACAUGGCCAUCUGCAAACCUUUGUUAUACACUACCAAAAUGUCUAGAGGUGUCUGCCUCUCUCUCGUGGCUGCACCAUACAUUUAUGGCUUUGCAAAUGGUCUGGCACAGACCAUCCUGAUGCUUCGUUUGACCUUCUGUGGGCCUAACGAAAUCAAUCACUUCUAUUGUGCAGACCCACCUCUCAUGGUCCUUGCCUGCUCAGAUACAUAUGUCAAAGAAACUGCCAUGUUUGUGGUUGCUGGAUCCAACCUCACCUGCUCUCUCACCAUAAUCCUUAUCUCCUAUACUUUCAUCUUCACAGCCAUUCUGCGCAUCCGUUCUGCAGAGGGGAGGCGCAAGGCCUUCUCUACCUGUGGGUCCCAUCUGGUGGCUGUCACUGUUUUCUAUGGUACUUUGUUUUGCAUGUACCUUAGGCCUCCUUCUGAGAAGUCUGUAGAACAAGGGAAAAUUGUUGCUGUUUUUUACAUCUUUGUAAGUCCUAUGUUAAACCCUUUGAUUUAUAGCCUGAGAAACAAAGAUGUUAAAAGAGCAAUUAGGAAAGUUGUCCAGAAGGAAACAUUUAUGAAGUAA